GUAUGCAGGCAUCAGUGUCAUUCAGGGACGUGACUGUGGAGUUCACCCAGGAGGAGUGGCAGCACAUGGGUCCUAUUCAAAGGACGCUGUACAGAGAUGUGACGCUGGAGAACUACAGCAACCUCGUUGCAGUGGGGAACUGCCAUUUCAAACCAGAGGUCAUCUUCAAGUUGGAGCAAGGAGAAGAUCCUUGGUUCUUAGAGGAAGAAUUCUCAAACCAGGGCCACCACGUGUUAGAACAUUACAGAAAUGAUGACCUGAUCAAGAGGAACAAGAAAAUAAAAGACAAACACUUGCAGCAAAUAACACUGAUCAAUAAUAAGCCUUUGACUAGAAAAGAAGAGGAAAUUUUGGGGAAACCAUUUAAUCUACACAUAGCUCCUGUUUCUUCAACAAAAAUGCCCUGUAAAUAUGUCUCAUGGGGAGUGAAUUUGCAAAAUAUUUCUCAUUAUGUCAUUAAUAGAACCUAUUCAACAACAAAAACGGGUUGCUGUAGUGUCUGUGAAAAUGUGCCUUUCAAAAUUAACUUUGAGAGAACUCAUACUGGAGAUAAAUUUUUUGAAUGUAAUAAAAAUGGGAAAGCCCUCAUUUAUAAAGAAAAUUUUCUUGAGCAUCAAAAGUGUCAAAUUUUGGAGCAAGGUUCUGAAUAUAAUUCUGAAAAAUUCCAUGAUGAGGCUGACUUUGUUACACACAAGAGUAUUCACACAGGAGAAAAGUCCUGUAAAGAUGAUGGAUAUAGCAAAAAUCGUGAUAAGAUAAAACUCUUUGAUCAAAAAAGCACUGGAACAGAAGAUAAAUACUCUAAUCUUAAACAGUGUGGGAAAUCCUUCUGUGACAAGUCAGCUGUCAUGGAACACCAUAAAGUUAACAUGGCUGUGAAACACUAUGUAUAUAAUGCCAGUGAGAAUAAUUUCAACAGGAAGUAUCAUCUCGCUCAGUCUCAGAGAAUUGCCACAGAAGAGAAUGCAUUGGUAUAUAAUGACAAAACACAAACUGGGGAUAAAUCCUUUGAAUAUCAUGAAAAUAGAAAAUCCUACCUGAUGUCAGCCCACAAGCAAAAGGAGGCCCCUUGCGGGUGA